UUUCAUUCGGUCGGUCGCGUCGCGGAAAAACACCGCUCUGGAAAACAAAGAUAAUAAUAAUACGCGACAUCUGCAGCGAUCUCUGCGAUGCUCUCGAGCUGAGGGCGCGGGCGAUAACUAUGUGCGUGUGGGAGCGACCCAGCGGGCCAGUAAUGUGCAAGUGCUGAGCGGUGCCAAGUGCGUUGCGUUCGUUACAUCGCCAAUUAGUCAUUACCAUUAGCCAUUGGCCAUUGGCUAACCUAUUGGGCAGUGGCCACCAGCAAUUAGCCAGGAGCAGCGCCUCUCCUCGCCCCGUCCAAUGAGCACAGCGGGCUCGGAGGCGGACGUGGACCUCGAUCUGGACUUGGAGUCGUGCGCGCUGCUUAACGCAAAGGCGGAAGCGUCAAACGGACCCGGACCCGUCGAUCCCGGCAGGACACGCGCUAAGCAGCGCAUCAGCUUGAGCGGAAAGCGGCGACGCAGCCGAAUGUCGCGCAGGGCCAAUCUGAUCGGCAUCUGCGGCGUGAGCAGCCUGUGCAUCCUGCUGCUGAUCGCCACCACCCAGCACCGUCCGCUUACCACUCCGUUCAACCAGGCCGCUGGCCGGGAUCAGGGUGCGGGAGCGGGUGCUGGUGGCGGCCCUGGCAACGCCUAUGGCGUCGACGGGGGGCCGUCCAAUUCCCUGGCGCGUAGCGCCUUCUACGACCGCUUCCAGCAGCAGUUGCAGCAGCAGCAGCCAUCCCAAACGGCCGUCUACAAUCUGACAGCUACUAUAGUGGAUGUCCUGUCGGCUCAACGGUCGCGCAUCCUAACCGAGAUGGAGAACUUCGAGUAUCCGCGCGGCGGUGCCGAGCGCCUGGCAGACAUGACGCCAGAGACGAACGGCACUCCGGUGCGCAGCGUGGUGGUCACAUCGUGGCGCUCCGGCUCCACCUUCCUGGGCGAUAUACUCAAUUCGAUACCGGGUAACUUUUACCACUACGAACCCCUGCUGGACUUUGGCAUCAAGCAGAUCCGGGAUCCGGACGACCAGGAGCUGGCCGUGCAAAAUCUGAAGAACCUGCUCAAUUGCGACUACGCCGACAUGCUGGACUACUUGAACUUCGGCAAGACGCACACAUAUCUCUUCGAGCACAACACACGGCUGUGGGACGUCUGUCGGGAGUUUCCGCGCUUCUGCUGGCGGCCCGCGUUCCUCACGCGCUUCUGCCGCCUCUUCCCCAUCCAGAGCAUGAAGACGGUGCGUCUGCGUCUCGCACAGGCCGAGAAGCUGCUCGAGGACCAAAGUAUGGCCAGUGUGCGGAUCGUGCUUCUGGUGCGAGAUCCACGGGGUACGAUGCAGUCGAGGCGACAUCGAGUCUGGUGCGGGGGCAACGAGGACUGCGAGGAUCCGCGACUCGUCUGCCAGGAUCUUCAGGAUGACUACAAGACAGCUGAGCUGCUGUUGCAAAAGUAUCCAUCGCGUUUUAGGACUCUGCGCUAUGAGGACUUGUCACUGAAUCCCAGUGAAAUGACACAGGACAUUUUGCAGUUCUACGGUUUGCCAUUCGAUCCAGCCGUCGAGGAGUUCCUAGACACGCACACCAAGGUCAACAUUGGCGGUGUCAGCUCCACCUAUCGUGAUUCCAGGUCAGCGCCCUUCCAUUGGAUGCAGGAUCUAAAGCCAGAAGAGAUUAAGCAAAUCCAGGAUGUCUGCGUCGAUGCCAUGGACAUGUGGGGCUAUCGUCGCAUCGAGAACUUCAGCAACUUCUCCAGCCUGCAGCAGAGCUUCGAUCCAAUGGUGCUGCCGCCUCCAUUCACGUGAAGCGGGCGGGUCUAGCUGACCUAUCGUCUACGAUAACUGAUAAAGAUAACUAAUUCUUCUACUUGGUACAUUUUGUUGUGAUAUCGUCGUGUUGAGCGAGCAAAAAGAUAGAGAAAUGGAGCAGAGGAAGGUGGUGAUUCGAUGGAGGCGGGCGCAAUGAGUGGCCAGAGGAGGGGAAACGGAUGCACUGUGGAAACUCAAUUCAUAGCUGGCACAUUUUUGCUGAACACGCAAACACACUUAACUGAGCAAUAGUUAUUAAUAUAUAUAAACUGAAUAUACAAUAUGAAAUGCAUAAGUUUAGUAAUUGGCGAAUUUUGUGUAGAGCGUAAAACGGUACGAAAACCAGUCGAAUAUCAGAUUUACAUUUAGGCCUAGAUCUUAAGCAACCAAUAACUGAAAGUUUAGUCUAUAUAGGGCUGCAUAUUGUGGAUUGUUUAGUUGGCUUUUUGAUGUAAAUUAUUUAGGCGGAAACUUUUGUAAUUCAGCUUAACCAGCAAGUGCAUAGAAAUCCAGUGAUUUAGCAUCUAACACACAACCAAAACGUAUCAGAGUCAGAGUCAAAAAUUGAAAGAGUUCGAAACUACUAGAGAUGCAAUAAUUAUACAACCGUGUUUGGCAUACCACAAAUUGUGCAAUAUUUAUCAAGUGGAAAGGAGAACAAUUUAAUCACGCUAGAAUCAAUUUAGACACGAAUUUCCUAAGCAAAUUAUAUAUGUAUAUCUAUAAAAGUGGACGAGAAGAGCAAUGGGCACUCAACUCCUAAGCAUAAGUUUCCUUAGGCAUAACUUAUUUGUAUGGUUAUUUAGUUGUAAUUGUAAUUAAAUUGUACUAUACUUUAUGUCCUUAUAUUACACAACUGUGUUGAAUUCGUUUUCUUUUUCCAAAACGAAGCCCAGUAAAUUGAUCAAAUUUUGGCAACGCGAUGUUAAACGAGUAAUCGGAUUAUUUAAUAAAAUAAAGAAUCCAGCAAUAUUUGCAUAAAUUACACUUAUUAAGCAAGAUAACAACUGAAUAAACAAUGAAUAAUGAA